UUUUGGAAAAAAGAAGUCCAAAAAAAGGUUCUGUAGUGGAAAUAAAUCCGAAAGGAGGGGGCCAUAGGUUUCUGCUGUCGAGUCGAAUCCAAUCGAAAUCGAAUCGAAAUUGAGUCGAGUCAUCAUCUCCUCCGCCAUUAUCGUCUUCUCUCUCUCUCUCUCCGCCACCUCUCUUCAAUUCUGACGCUUCUCAGAUCCUCCGAUCCGGCGGCGUUACUUUUGCUGAUACACUUCUCUCCAUUUCUUCUUUUUGUUCGCCGAGAAGCUAAGGAGAAUUCUUCCUGAAAACGCGUUGAUGGAUCUGAUGUAUAGCUACGGAUUAGAAUUGUGUAAUUCUCUCUAAAAUCUGUUCGUUGACCAGCUCGAACGAGGUUUGAUUGGGUUUCUCUGUUUAUGCUCAUCAGGGGUUUUGUUUUGUGUAUGCCUUCCGAUCACUGUUUGUCGUCUGUUUCGUCCGCGGAACUCAAGAGCAGAGAGAUUGUUAGUGUACGGAUAUGCAGAAGAGUGGUGUUAAUCGGAACCCUUCUUUGAAAGUAGCCAUUCCUCAGGCACAACAGUCGCUUAGACGUUUAGGUUUUUGCUCCCAAAUAGCUACGGGUGGAUCUCAGCAGUCAUCUCCUAUAGUAUUCCCUGAAAAGAGAAAUAAGAAGGUGAAGGCAUCUUCGAGACGUGGUGAGGUUACUAAUGAUCCACAGGUGAAACCGAAGCCUGAUGAGCAUCGGAUCGAUAUUGGUGGAGGGGAUGAGAAAUCAGAUUUGUUAGGUAGUCUUGUUUACGCUGGGAAGCUUGUGUUGGAUAAGAGGAAAUCUGCGAGUGGAAAAGAUGCAACAGAGAUACAGCAACCAGCCGCUACGGACAUCUCUAUUAAGAAAGCAGUUGAUGCAAAGCUUACAAGCAGCGCUUUGGUUUGGGGUUCUGACAUGCUACAGCUUAACGAUGUUGUCUCGGUGACAUACAAUGUUGGUCUUAGGCAUUUCACUGUGCAUGCUUAUCCAAUUGGCAAGGGUUCUUGUGGCCUGUCUUGCUUCACGAAACCAAAGAGAAGCCGCAAGGAUUUCCGCUUUGUCGCACCUACAGUAGAAGAAGCCGUUCAAUGGGUGGCCAGUUUUGGAGAUCAACAAUGUUUUAUCAACUGUUUGCCACAUCCUUUAGUCGCAAAGAAACAGGCUUCGUCUGAGUUAUUUUCGGUCCCCAUUGAUACCCCUCCUGAGUUGGUCUUCAGGUGUAAGAGUGCACCCAAAAUGCUUGUCAUAUUGAACCCUAGGUCAGGACAUGGACGAUCUAUCAAAGUUUUCCAUAAUGUCGUGGAACCAAUUUUCAAGCUGGCCGGAAUUAAGAUGGAGGUUGUCAAAACAACUAAAGCAGGUCAUGCGAGAGAAUUGGCUUCCACUGUCGACAUUAACUUAUGCUCUGACGGAAUUAUUUGUGUUGGAGGGGAUGGAAUCAUCAAUGAGGUUCUUAAUGGUCUGCUUACUCGAAGCAAUCCGAAAGAAGGAGUUUCUAUCCCAAUUGGAAUAGUACCUGCUGGUUCUGAUAACUCGUUAGUUUGGACUGUCCUUGGUGUAAGAGAUCCUAUUUCUGCAGCACUCUCUAUUGUGAAGGGUGGCCUAACAGCUACUGAUGUCUUUGCUGUUGAAUGGAUUCAUACCGGUAUUAUACACUUUGGAAUGACUGUUUCCUACUAUGGUUUUGUUAGCGAUGUUUUGGAGCUCUCUGAAAAAUACCAAAAACGGUUUGGUCCUUUGCGUUACUUUGUUGCUGGAUUCCUCAAGUUCAUGUGUUUGCCGAAGUAUAGCUAUGAAGUGGAAUAUCUUCCGGCACAAAAAGAGGAUGCAGAAGGCAAAAUUCGACUUGAAAAGGAAGCUGUGGAUAUGCAAGAUCUCUACACGGAUGUAAUGAGGAGAUCAAGCAGAGAAGGAUUUCCUAGAGCCUCCAGUUUAUCAAGUAUUGACUCCAUAAUGACCCCAAGCGUAGGCGAAUUAGACACUUGUAGCAGCACACAUGCCAGCACUGAGCCGUCUGAAUAUGUCCGUGGAAUAGAUCCUAAAAUGAAACGCUUGUCCUCUGGAAGAAGAGAUGUUACGGCUGAGCCAGAGGUUAUUCAUCCUCAAGCACAGUCAACAACCCCUAAUUGGCCAAGGACAAGAUCAAAGUCAAGAAUGGAUAAAGGAUGGAUGGGGUUAACAUCCGUGCAGGAUCCUCCAACUCGAUGUUCAUGGGGGAAUACCGGUGGUCAAGACAGGGAAGAUAUAUCAUCUACUGUAUCUGAUCCAGGUCCAAUCUGGGAUGCAGGACCCAAAUGGGACACUGAACCGUCUGCUUGGGAUGUAGAAAAUUCGAUCGAGCUGCCUGGUCCUCCUGAGGAUAUAGAGACAGGACUGAGGAAACAGAGCAUCACUCCAAUAUUUGAGGAUAAAUGGGUUUCGAGAAAGGGACAUUUCCUCGGCAUCAUGGUCUGUAACCAUGCUUGUCGGACUGUGCAAAGUUCCCAAGUCGUGGCUCCCAAUUCAGAACAUGAUGAUGGUACAAUGGAUAUGCUCUUGGUUCAUGGGUGUGGAAGACUGAGGUUACUGAGGUUUUUUAUACUUUUGCAAACAGGUCGACACCUUUCUCUUCCGUAUGUUGAGUGUGUAAAGGUGAAAUCAGUGAAGAUAAAGGCGGGGAAAAAUACGCAUGACAGUUGCGGGAUAGACGGGGAACUGUUUGCAUUGCAUGGAGAAGUGAUAUCGACAAUGCUACCUGAACAAUGCAGACUGAUCGGUAACGCUCCUGGACGACAUUCAUAGUUAAUUAAUCUCAUCUAAAUUGUGAGGAUGGUGAGAGAGUUUGGAUGUUUAUAUAUCUGGAAUUCAUUUUUAUUGUUUUUUGUUUUUUGUCGGCGUCAAGUUUACGGUAAGUACCAUCUAUGUGAUAAGAGAAGCAAACAUGAGAGAGUAUACCAAGUACAUCCUUUUGUGCCAUAACUUCCCUAUAACUCUAAAACCCUUUGUAUAUUCUUUUGCCCUUUUUUGUGUGUUUUGAAUUAUAUAUGUACUGUGUACGUGUUUUCUACAACGAUUUGUGUGUUUCCAUUUCUUUGUUUGGAUUAGUCGAUCAAUAACGAAAUAGAUGAUUUGAAGUAACGAGGUUUUUGGACUAGGUUAACUAGGUGAACUUCUAAAGUGAUAUUAUUUGUGGAUUAAGAAGAUUUUAUUCGAAGAUAUUUAACUGAUAGAGAUUCUUUCUGUCUGACUCGGAACUUUGAAGCAUCAGAGUCUCACAGAUGAAUAUAGUAGAAGCCGCACGUUCCUCAUCCCGUGAAAAAGGACACACGUCUGACUUCUUUAUAUUGCUGGGUCUUCUUCUCCCUUUCCUUUUUACUUCUUAAAGUUUAAACCUUUGUUAUUAUCCAUUUCAUUCACAUGUUUUUUUUUCUGUCUGCUUAUCAUUUACACGUUUCUUGAU